AGAAAUUAGGUAAAUUUUUGUCAGGAAAAAGGCAUUAUUUUGUAUUUUUAUCAGGAGAAAUAGUAAUAGAAUAGGAAUCUGCAUAGUUCUUUAUAGGGCUGUUUAAAAAAAAGCGAAAAAAAAGGGUUAAAAUUGAAGUUAUAAUGGAAUUUCAAGAAAGAUUAUUAGGUAGUUCAUCAGAGACGCAAAUGACGGGACAAUCAGGCUCUUUUUCGGAUUGUAACAUGUCAGAAAGAGAUUCUAUGUUGCUACAGGAGCUGAAUGGUGUAAAAAACCUGAAUAAAGUAAUUGAAAAGGUGAUUUGUGGGUUAUUAAAAGUGCAAGAAGAUAUGGAGCAUGUUGAUAAAACUGUUAAAGAUGUGGAUAAACUUCUUGAGAAAUGGAUAAAAAUUUUAAAUCAAACAGAACAUACUCAAAGAUUAAUAUUAAAUAAAAAAUGGCAUGGAGCAACAAAAGAUAUUUUAGAUGCAGAAAAUGAGCUAUUAAAAAUGAAAGAACAAGCACAAGAAACAAAGUCUUUUGAAGUUUCGGAGAAAAAAAUCAAGGAAACAAAAAGGGAAUUAUCUAAUAUAUCUUAUAUAAGUAAUUCUGACAAAAUGGAUGAUAAAAGAAAGGUGAAACAGAAAGAAACAACAAAAACAUAUACUCAUAAUAGAAAACUAUUUUCGACAACAAAUAAAACAUAGUCUGAAAAAUAAGGGAAAAAUUUUUCUAAAAUGAUAUGUUCUUAUGAAAUGAGCAUUUUAAAAAGAAACAGUUAAUAAUAUCGAUUAUACAUAAAUGAAAUUGAUUUUGUACUAUCUUUUACUUUAAAAAAUAAG